AUGGUAUCUGCAUCCAAGGCCGCCCGCCAGGCCAAGCGUGCUGCCGAUGGUGGUGGUACUGAGAAGAAAACCUCCAAGCUUUCAGCCAAGAAGGCAGCCAAGGCUGAAUUGCAAGACGGUGAUGGCGAGGCCGUCCCCGGUAGCGAUCAACCCGCCACCUCUGCCGAGAAGAUGAAGGAAGUCGACAAAUUGACAUCACAGAUGGACAAGCACGGCCUUUCCGACCGUGUCACAACAGGUGUGCUGUCAUCGAUGGAAUCUUCCCGCGACGCGAAGAUUACGUCGGCCUCCUUGGUGUUCCACGGCAAGGUCCUUUUCAACGACAGUGUUCUCGAGCUCAAUUAUGCCCGACGUUACGGCUUGCUCGGUGAGAACGGCUGCGGUAAGUCGACAUUGUUGAAGGCCAUCGACAAGCGUGAGUUCCCGAUUCCAGACCACAUUGAUAUCUACCUCCUGAACGAGGGUGCGCCCCCCAGCGAUCUCGGUGCUUUGGAAUGGGUCGUCAGAGAGGCUGAGAAUGAACUGGAGCGUAUGGAGAAAUUGGCCGAAGAUAUCUUGGAGAAAGAAGGCCCUGACGCUCCUCAAUUGGAGGAUCUUUACGAGCGCAUGGAAACCAUGGAUCCUUCUACCUUCCACACUCGUGCCUCCCUCAUUUUGACUGGUUUGGGAUUCAACAAAACCACUAUACUGAAGAAGACCAAGGACAUGUCUGGUGGUUGGCGAAUGCGUGUGGCCCUCGGCAAGGCCCUCUUCGUCAAGCCCUCUCUCCUGUUGCUUGACGACCCUACCGCUCACUUGGAUCUCGAAGCCUGCGUGUGGCUUGAAGAGUAUCUCAAGAAGUGGGAUCGUACCCUUGUUUUGGUUUCUCACUCCAUGGACUUCUUGAACGGUGUCUGCACAAACAUGAUCGACAUGCGUGGAAAGCAGCUUUUGUACUAUGGUGGUAACUACGACUCAUACCACAAGACCAGGGAUGAGCAGGAGACGAACCAGACGAAAGCUUACAACAAGCAACAGGAAGAAAUUGCCCACAUCAAGAAGUUCAUCGCUUCUGCUGGUACAUAUGCAAACUUGGUCCGUCAAGCCAAGUCUCGUCAAAAGAUUCUCGACAAAAUGGAGGCCGAUGGGUUUAUCCAACCCGUCAUCCCGGACAGAGUCUUCACCUUCCGUUUCGCCGAUGUCGAGAAGCUUCCACCUCCAGUCUUGUCCUUUGAUGACGUGACGUUUUCGUAUUCUGGCAACCCCGAAGAUACCUUGUACGAGAACCUUGAUUUAGGUGUUGACAUGGACUCGCGAACUGCUUUGGUGGGCCCUAACGGUGUCGGCAAAUCGACAUUGCUUCGUUUGAUGACCGGCAAACUGAGCCCCAACAGUGGCCGUGUGACCCGCCACACUCACUUGAAGCUGGGUCUCUAUAGUCAACACUCUGCCGAGCAGCUAGAUUUGACUAAGUCAGCUCUUGACUUUGUGCGUGACAAAUUCAGCGAAAAGAGUCAGGAUUACCAAUACUGGCGUCAACAGCUCGGCCGUUACGGUCUGACCGGUGAGUCACAGACUGCGCUCAUGGGCACGCUGUCCGAAGGGCAGAAGAGCCGUAUCGUUUUCGCUUUACUAGCCAUCGAGUCGCCAAACAUGCUCCUUCUGGACGAACCGACCAACGGUCUUGAUAUUCCUACUAUCGACAGUUUGGCCGACGCCAUCAUGGCCUUCAACGGUGGUGUUGUGGUGGUAUCUCACGAUUUCCGACUUUUGGACAAGAUUGCCAAAGAUAUUAUGGUGUGUGAGCACAAGACAAUCCGUCGAUGGGACGGCAGCAUUGGCGAGUACAAGGACUACCUACGCAAGAAGAUGGUUUCAACCGGUGCCGUCUAG